UUUUACUGUACACACUGCAUGUGUAUACACAGUAUAUUUGUUUGUUUUUGUGCGGAGGGAUUCAUCUCAGUCACACACGAUCUUCGUGCAGCUGCAGAGCGCUCAUGCCUGCUGUUUGUGUCCGUGAGGAUGGACGGUGUGUCGUUGGGUGUGGUGGCCACACCGGCCUCGCCACGUCCAACCUGCAACACGGACUCGGAGGAGGACACGGUGAAUGGAGGGAUGCACACCUUCAACCAGACGCACAUGAGGAAGGCUUUCCAGCUGAUGAACGAGCUGAGGAGUAAAAAGAUGCUGUGUGACGUCCAGCUGGUGGCGGGGAGCGUUGAAGUGCCGGCUCACAGGGUGGUCCUGGCGUCCUGUAGCCCCUACUUCUGUGCCAUGUUCACAGGGGAUAUGAGUGAGAGCAAAGCCCAUCAGGUGGAGAUCCGAGAGGUGGACGGACAGACCCUGAGGAAGCUGGUCGACUACAUCUACACGGCUGAGAUAGACGUCACAGAGGACAACGUCCAGGUUCUGCUGCCGGCGGCCAGCCUCCUCCAGCUGAUGGAUGUUCGUCAGGUGUGUUGUGAGUUCCUGCAGUCUCAGCUUCACCCCACCAACUGUCUGGGCAUCAGAGCCUUCGCUGAUCUGCACACAUGCACACAGCUUCUGGACCAGUCCCACGCAUACGCUGAGCAGCAUUUCUCUGACGUGGUGCAGGGAGAAGAGUUCCUGGGCCUUUCUCUGCAGCAGGUGUGCAGCCUCAUCUCCAGCGACAAACUGACUGUUUCCACAGAGGAGAAGGUGUUUGAGGCGAUGAUAUCGUGGAUCAAGUACGAUAAGCCGGCUCGUCUGGAGAACAUGCCCAAACUGAUGGAGCAUGUCAGACUCCCACUGCUGACGAGGGAUUACCUGGUGCAGAUCGUGGAGGAAGAGGCUUUGAUAAAGAACAACAGCACCUGUAAAGAUUUUCUCAUAGAAGCGAUGAAGUAUCACCUGCUGCCAGCUGACCAGCGGCACCUCAUCAAGACAGACAGGACCCGCCCACGAACUCCCAUCAGCAUCCCAAAAGUGAUGAUUGUGGUGGGCGGACAGGCUCCGAAGGCGAUCCGCAGCGUGGAGUGUUACGACUUCCAGGAGGAUCGAUGGUACCAAGUAGCGGACCUGCCUUCAAGACGCUGCCGGGCAGGUGUGGUUACGAUGGCGAGCCGCGUGUACGCAAUCGGGGGGUUCAACAGUUCACUGCGGGAGAGAACUGUGGACGUGUACGACGGAGUGAGAGACCAGUGGAGUGCGGUGGCGAGCAUGCAGGAGAGGCGCAGUACACUGGGAGCUGCUGUGUUGGGGGAGUUACUGUAUGCCGUGGGGGGCUUCAACGGCAGUAUAGGUUUGUCGACAGUAGAAGUCCACAAUUAUAAAACCAACGAGUGGAUAUAUGUCGCCUCCAUGAACACCAGACGCAGCAGUGUGGGAGUGGGAGUGAUCGACGGUAAGUUGUAUGCAGUAGGAGGCUAUGAUGGAGCAUCCCGUCAGUGCCUCAGUACAGUGGAAGAGUACGACCCUGUUGCUGAUCAGUGGUGCUACGUAGCCGACAUGAGCACACGCCGCAGUGGAGCAGGUGUAGGAGUGUUGAGUGGUCAGCUGUAUGCAGCAGGAGGACACGACGGCCCCCUGGUGAGGAAGAGCGUUGAGGUGUACGACCCACAGACCAACACCUGGAGACUGGUCUGUGACAUGAACAUGUGCCGACGUAACGCAGGCGUCUGUGCCAUUAACGGGCUGCUCUAUGUGAUCGGAGGAGACGACGGCUCCUGUAACCUCUCCUCUGUGGAGUUUUACAACCCGGCCAUAGACAAGUGGAGCCUCAUUCCCACAAACAUGGGCAACGGACGCAGCUAUGCAGGAGUCGCAGUGAUUGACAAGCCGUUAUGACCACCCCCCCCCCCCAGCAUCAGACUCGCACUGUCUGCCUCUUGAGCUUCAGACGUCAGAGAUGUGACGCCUGAGAUGAACACUUUCCAAAUGGCCGAGCCGCUCUCAAUCUGCAGCUGAUUGAAUCAAGGAUGCGCUAAACCACAACCUUAUUUUGUUGCUUUGUCCAUUUUAAUGAGUGACAUCCUGACUUUUAAAGGACACUGUUGCACUGGAUAAAUAACAAUAUCCACAGGAUGGUGUGCUUAUGAGUGAGUUUUCAUAUGAAAAGCACAUAACAAGCGGCUGUAUCAGCUGACGAUGUGGACCAAACGAUGUGUGUUUAGAUGCUCGGUGGUGUUCAUGUGAUGGACCGCAUCACACCCGAGAAACUGAAUACUUUUAACCACCAGCUUGCUGAUUUCUGGCUGACUGGCUGCCUUUGCUGCAAUCACCGGGGCAUUGCGACACCGUCUUGUGUUUGACUGUUGCCGGAGCGUUAAUCCAAGAUCCUGGAAAUCUGGUCACGCCGCGGGAGACUUUAAAAAAAACAAAAAAAAAAACUGACAACUUGCCACCGAUCCUCCGAUACACAUCGGCUUAUGGCAACUCUAUUUCUGCCCCGACCGCCAGCAAAAGGCCACAGCUGCCAGAGUGUAUUUGUUCUCAACCCGGAGGCCUGGACCGAGAGAGCUGCGAGACAAUUCAAAGAAUGUAGAAAUUCUCUUGUAUGCAAAUCAGCUGUGAUAUUUAAUAUUUUUGAGAUUGUUUUUAAAAGAGGUUGAGAACCACUUGCUGUGGCUCAAAACCCCGGACCAGUGGACCCGGUAGGACUUGAGUCUGAUGUCGACACACUACUGAUGCACUGAUCACUUGCACUGACUGACUCGCCGGACGUCUGCCUGUCUUUCUGACUGACCUGCUGCCAGACAGACGGCUGCUCGGCCGUCUGUCUGUUACUGAUCGUACUCAUGGGAGCAUUUAAAGUCGCCACUUAAAGGCCAAUCAUUUCACCAGAAAUUGUAAAAACAAAUGUGCCAGUUUUGCUGAUCAGAAUAAUGCUGGAGGCACAUUGUGCUUUUAAUCUCUUCAUAACAAUUGUUUGUUUAUUGUCUGAGGGAGCGUGUCAAAAUAUACUGUAGACAUUCAACCGUUGAACUAUAAUGUAAACGAUGCAGGUUUAAGAUCUAUUUAUUGUUUUGAAGCAUUUGAUCACAUAGCAUUUAUUAAUAUCGAAGUGCGCUUCUCAUUUCAUUUCCUCAGCCUUGUUACACUUUGUGCUCCAUUCACAUAAUUCAGACGACGACGGGUGUAUUUUAGAUGUUUUGUUGACUGAGUGGUGCCAUAGCUUUUGAACAAAAAAAAAAAUAGAUUUGUAGAAGCUGCUUUAUGAAAGGAGUUCUCAGCCAAACCUUUCACUUCUGCCUGCAAUCUUCCAGAAGUCAAGGAUGCGAUCGACUGUCAUUUUUAAAACCCUGUGACAAAAAAAGGACCAUGCUGUUGUUUUUGUAUGUUUAACCACCUCAUACAUUUCGACUGACAAAUUGACUUUUUCACGUCUUCCAGGAAGUGAGUCUCAGUUUAUAUGAUAAUAGUUGAAACUUGCUCGAGACACUGCAACAAUAUUUGAAAGUAAUCUCCCCGCAUGGACCUGGAGCUUACAGUUAUAGUUGGCAACAUUUUGACAUACUGAUACAUCAUGACCAAGACGGGCUUUACGGCAAAAUGUCAGGUGCUUUAAAGCUCUAAUUUGCCCCAAAUUCCCAGUGCGCCAAUAUACAUUUUUAAUAGUUAUUGUGCAGCAAUGCAGGCAAAUAGCAUGGACUCUGUGGUGCAUUCAUGUGUCUGCAGGUGGGUCAGAAAAUCACAAUUUAAGAAACAAACGUAAUCAUGGAGUGACAUCAGCAGCUUCUUUUUUAAAGUCAAAUGUCAAAGUCUUAUGCCGUGUGUGUGAAACCACUCAUUCAUUGGUCUAAGAACCCUGUUCUACCGCAGACAAUAAUCAACAGGAAGUUCUAACUAAACGUGCUAAAAGAUCCAAACAAACACCAGUAUGGUUGAGGUUCAUUGUUCAGUCUUGACUUUGGAAACAGAGGUUGACAAGAACUUCACUUCAAGGUCCAUUUAGUAGCUGUUCUGGAGCUUCUGGUCAUAUUACUCGGCGCUUAUUAGCUGAUUGAGAUCAGUUCAAAGUUCAGCCUCAACUGGCGAAGACGAGUCCAGAGCUAAAAAAAUGGACCUUGACGUGAGAUUUAGUUUUUGUGUGUCACAUCGUGUGGUAUGGAAGUUUUCAGAUGUAUAAUGUUCUUACUAAGCGCAGAUGUUAUAUUUUUAAUAUAAACUGUGGAUGUUGUAAACCUAACAGUUGAUAUUGUGAGUUCAUUGAUUGAUUGUUGGGGAGAUUGUGUGGUUUGAACUUUCAUACGUUCAGGUGAAGCUUCUGCACCUGUGUCAAACUUGAAAUCAUUGAAAUGAACUACGCACAUUAAACAGGCUUACUUUGCAAGACUUUAAACCGGCUAUUGUCUGAAACUGUAAAGUUACACGAGGGGGCAUUUUAUAUAUUCUAUAUACUAUUUUGUAAUUUCAUUAUGACUGGCAGAUGUUUGUUAAGCAUUUCCUCAGAUUAUAUAUAGAUAAUCUCAAUUAUGUUGAAUUAUUACAUCUUUA